AUAUGAAUGCGAAGCUGGUAAUGAAUCAAGUAAAUACAACAACAAUGCAUCUUCUUGUUCUGUUUCUUGCAGCUGCCUUUCUCAACCAAGCUUAUACAGCAAGGGAGCUUGACGCACAAGUCCCCGCUACUAACUUUGCUUUCGGUACUUUCGACGCUCAAAGUUGCAGCUCCUCCAGCAACCUACUCUGCACUGGCUCUGUUACAGCCGGUAAUGGUUUCUUAAGCCUUACGCCAGAGCCUUCGCUAUUAUCUGGUUAUCCAAAAAACCAGGUUGGAAGGGUUUUAUACCGUCAACCGGUGGUUGCUUGGCCAGCAUUUAUCUCUACCACCUUCAAAUUCAAAAUUAUGGGAGCCCCCAAUUCACCUGCCGGAGAUGGAAUGACAUUUAUUUUUGCUCCAGAUAAUAGUCCUUCACCACCUGGCAGCACUGGCUUCAAUCUUGGAAUCGUACCAGAUUCAGAUGGAGCUAGUAAUGUUCGUCAAUUAGUACUGGAGUUGGAUACUUACAAGAACGGUUUUGACAUUGAUGGGAAUCACAUCUCUGUCGACACAAUAAGUGUAGAUAAACCACUAAUAACUGCGAGUCUCAACAGCAGUGGAGUUGAUCUUAAAAGUGGGAAGGAUAUCGUAGUUCAAAUCAAUUAUAAUAGCUGGACGAAAUGGCUUGAAGUAUAUGCAUCAUAUGUAUCAGACCCACCUGCGAAGAUUCUUGCCCUACAAAUUGACAUCGCUGCUACGAUUCCAAACUCUGUGUACGUUGGCUUCACAGCUGCCACUGGUUCUUUGGCAGAGAGCCAUCAACUUCUCGGCUGGGAGUUUAAAUCCAACACAAAGUCGAAUUAAUGAAGAAUGAUCGAGUCAGCUACCAACCUAUCCAAUCACAGAAAUAACAUGGCAUUGCAUUUCAAUUUUUUUCCUUUUUUUUUUGAGUUGAAACAGAAUAAUGUACAAAUAAGCGAUCAUGUCAACUGAGGUUUGAUCCCAGUUGAGAUGGCCUCGCACUCCAACCCCAUGACCAAGAUGUCUGUCUGGUUGUCAACUUGUUUUGGCACUUUUUCAUCAUUUCAUAUGCACGUAUGUACGUUGUUACAAUGCCUUUGAUAUAAUACAAUUUUGAUA